CUAUCAUGCACUCAUCCUCGACAACGUGCAUGUCUCUAGCUCUGACAAGCACGGAUUACCCUUGGCUGCAUCCCUCGCGUCUCUACGCAGCAUUGGUUAUCUAAGCUUUGAAAUCUUUCAAUCAUUUGGCGAUGCCUCUCAAGUUCAACGCAAAACGCGUUUUGCGCCAAAACUCGGACACGGCCGUGCAGCUUGCAAUCUCUAUCACAUCCCUAACGAGAGAUCUUUCGGGACUCUCUGGUUUCCCACCAGCGGCUGCGUUGGCAUCCAUAGUGCUGUUGAUACUCCAAGUUGCUCAGAGCCUGCAAACGAACAAGGAGGGCUGCACACGCCUCGCACAAAAGUGCGCGACGAUUCUGUUGAACAUCAACGAACAGAUGGCGGGGCGAUGGGAGCAGGCACCCCAAUCAUUGGUGAAGAACCUGGCACGGCUCAAGGACACGCUCGAGUCGAUACACACAUUCAUGCUCGAUGCCGCGUCCGGUAGCUGGCGAACGCGGCUCCUGCGUAAGAACACCAUAGAUGACGCGUUGCUACAAUUCCGAGAACAGUUGGACGACGCGUCGAAGACAUUUCAGCUUGCUACACUCAUUGAAAUUCACUAUGCGGUCUCUUCCACUGACGCUCAACCGGUCGCACGUCGCCCUCCGCAACUUUGUCUCGAGACUACGCAGGAGAGCGACGUACCCAUGGCAGUUUCGAAACCUUCAUUGGAUCUUGUACUGUCUCCGAUCGGAGCACCACCGCCGAUGUACAACUUCGAAGCAAUCUCUGAAGAAGCGCAUAUCGAGGCAGAGGACCUUGCGCUCGAAAUUGUUUCCGACGAGGUUCUCAACGCUCGAAUGGAGGACCGCGGUGCGGUGACGGAUCAUGGUGUAGUGGAAGAUCACGGUGUGGUGGAAGAUCAUGGCUUCACCCGCUAUCAUCAAUCUCAUGUCACGUUCAGCGGAAGGCCCAAGAAAGACAUGGAAGGCUGGUGGACUGGGGCAAGCGACGUCGUGGUAAACGGGCAAGACGCAUUGAUCAAACGGUACGAAGGACCCAGAACCCAUGCGCAGAGGGAUUGGGCACGUGAUGUGAAGGCGCUUCAAGGGCUCUAUCAUCCGAAUUUACCGCAGUUGAUGGGUUUCUCUGAAGAUUCUGCCAAAACUCCUUUCAUCCUUCUGUCAAAUGUGCGAACGCGUUCUCCCGAAUCAUUCCUCAUGGGAAUGCUGAGAACGCAUGGGCUGGCUUCAUGCAUCGAGAGCAUGCUGCGUUUCUAUACAGAUAUCGUGAGUGCAACCAUCUACGUGCAGGGACAACUCGGUCUCUCUGAAGAACAAGCGCAAGAUUUCUUAGAGAGUGCCUCGUUCCGUGUCGAUGGCUCGAACUCUCUGGUUGUCGGACUGCCAUCAAAGGACCGAGCUUCGUUGACCUGGCGGAAUUACGGUAUCGCUGAGACCGUCAGGAAGUCGGUUCUUCGUAUGUUACCCAACGGAGGAACAUCCAAUUAUCGACGAGACGUUGUGAGAGUGGACGAUGACCCUGAGUGGCAUCUUGACCAAUUGACUGCGCUCGUGGAUGCCCUCCUUCCUUCGGGAAAAGCGCCUCUGGGCUUGUCCAAACAGCUCCAAUCUGCGCUGGACGACUGCGAUUCGUAUGAAAACACGAGCAUAACGCUCCCUCGCCUCCGUCGACUGUGUCUCGACGCCCAGUCGCACAGCCAUGUGUGGGCCAAGAGCUCGUCUAUUCCGGGCGGCAAGUUCUCCGUCGGCGAUAUCGGCUACAUCCCACUCGGAGCCGACUGGAACGGGUUCGUUAGCAAGCACAACGUCAUCCAGCAGGGUUUGGCCAGUUUCGACAUCGAGAGCUCGGCGUCGGGAACGCAGUGGUGCUGGAAUGACCGACCGGUACGGAGGAGCGAAUUGGGCGCGUUCGAUAUGCUGGGGGAUGUCAAGUGUUGGGCGAUGGGCGUUCCUCCGGGUGCUCAGGUCGACUGCCAGAUCACACACCGCAAGGUCUUGAAGGAGAUGGGCGACGCAUGGAGAUUCCUCCUGGAUAAUGCGAGGAAGCUUUCUGAAGAGUGGGGUGUUCCGCCCAGUUCCAUCAUAUUCAGUGCGUGUCCGUCAUUUCCCAAGGAAUCCACCCGCACUCAGUACCUCUCAAGUCACGCAGGCGGGGACGGAUCAAGACUUUAGCAUCAACGACUUUGGGCAAGCAGUGCAACUGAGGUUACCUCGGCCUGGGUUUCCUCCGAAUCGACCUGGCAUGUCGAUGCCUCCGCUGUUCCCGAAUCAAGUUUCGGUGCCGUCCGUGAUGUAUCUCUCCACAUCCGCGAGUCCCGAAUUCGAGCCCUUCUGGUCUCACAGUCCCGCCGACAAGAUGCUGAAGCAUGGAUGGACAUUCAAAAUCGGAUGGAAGACGGGGUUCAUAAACUGGGCGCAGUUGCAUCCGGAGGAUUUCAGAGAUCAGAAGUAACUCUUUUUCAGUCUGUAUGUUAGUAUCUAUUUCCUCUUCUUGAAUUCGAGCUCGCAAGAAUGUACCGAAAGAGUCGUGUUCGGAGAGAGAAUCGACGAAUCGACCGCAAUCCUGAGGCGACAGGAUGGGAACAGCCUCAGCUCGCGUGACGGCCAAGGCCAACCACGAAUCGAGACACGGGUAGGCUUCGC